CUACCGGAAGUCGUCCGUCAGAGUGCACCAACAUCCGGGCCACGUGAUCCAGCUUUCCUUCCAGUUCACAUUAGCAGCAUGGCAGCGAUCGGAGUUCAUUUCGGCUAUACAUGUGCUUGUGUGGCGAUAUAUAAGGAUGGUCGGGCUGAUGUGGUGGCUAACGAUGCAGGAGACAGAGUCACUCCAGCUGUGGUGGGCUACAGAGAUACUGAGCAGAUCGUAGGCAUAGCAGCAAAGCAGGGACGGGUCCGGAACGCUGCCAACACCGUCGUUAGAGUGAAGCAAAUACUGGGACGAAGGUUCAGUGAUCCAGAGACACAAACUCACAAAGGAGAGACCAAGUGUCAGGUUGUGAGCAGAGGAGAGAAGCCUUAUUAUGAGAUUACAGCAGGAGAACACCCGCAGUAUGUCGCUCCAGAGGACGUUGCUAAACUCAUCUUACACAAAAUGAAAGAAACGGCUCAGUCUGCUUUGGGUUCUGAUGUCAGCGAUGUGGUCAUUACUGUCCCUUUUGAGUUUGAACCUAAUCAGAAGCGUGCUCUGAGAGAGGCGGCUGAAGCUGCUGGGUUCCAUGUUCUGAGGCUGAUCCAUGAGCCUGCUGCUGCUCUGUUGGCCUAUAACAUCGGACAGGACUUCUCUGGAAAGAGCCAUGUCCUGGUGUACAAGUUGGGAGGGACGUCCCUGAGUGUAACAGUGCUGCAGGUCAAUGGAGGAAUGUUCCGGGUUCUCAGCACUCACACCGACCACAGCAUCGGAGGGGAGAGUUUCACCCAGGCCUUAGCCCAGCAUCUUGCCUCAGAGUUUAAACGCACCUUUAAACAUGAUGUGAGCGGUAACGCUCGGGCGAUGCUGAAGCUGAUGAACGGGGCAGACAUGGCCAAGCACUCCUUGUCCUCUUUGGGAUCGGCCAACUGUUUCGUUGACUCUCUGCAUGACGGCAUUGACUUUGAAUGCAACGUCUCGAGAGCCAGAUUUGAGCUACUCUGCUCCUCACUCCUCAACAAAAGCAUCCAGCCAAUUCAGCUCCUGCUGGAGAAGGCAGGACUUUCUGCCAGAAACAUUAACAAGGUGGUGCUUUGCGGUGGUUCAGCCAGGAUCCCUCGUCUCCAGCAGAUGAUGCGUGAGAUGUUUCCUGAUGUAGAGCUUCUCAGCUCAGCACCUCCUGAUGAGGUGAUUGCUGUGGGAGCAGCCCUGGAAGCAGGCUUACUGGUUGGCAGCGAUGGCUUUGUCCUUGAAGAAGAAUCUGUGACGGUGGAUGUUUCUGCCGCUGACAUACUAAUCAAGGAGGUGGAUGAAUCUGGGUCUGAGAUUUUCACUCCUCUCCUUCCGUCUGGCACGCCUCUUCCUGCCCGCAGACAUCACGUCCUGAGUGGAAAUGGGAAGCAGUCCUCCCUCGGUUUGGAGAUUUAUCAGAGAUUUGUCGAGGAGCAGCCAGAAAAGCUGUCUAAGAUUGUCUUCAGAGACCUGCAGCCCACAGAAGAGAACCACAACGUCGACGUGGUGGUGACCAUGAAAAGGGAUGGAUCCAUUCACGUUUCCUGUGUAGAACAGACGACUGGAAAGUCAGAGGUCAUCACCAUAACAGCAGCAUCAUGAAGCCACAGAUCCACCGUCAAAGCCAUAUUUCAGCACAGUGUUGUUGGUGUAGUUUUGUUUUUUAUGUUUCUGUUUUUCACUCAAUAAACAUGGCAAACUCAAACUAAA